AUGGAUGUAGAAACUGCUUUAGUUCUGAAAAGGAAACCUAUAUUGAAGCCUUUUGAUCAACCCCAAAAUAUUGAAAAUCUAAAGGGAGGAUUUGUUGACAAAGAAUACUGGAGCAUUGUUUACAAGAAUAAGGAAGGUCAAGAGAUUAAGAACUCUAUGUUCUUUCUAAGGGACAAGAACUUAUAUCCUACAAGUUAUCUAAACUCAAUCAUGGCUAGGUCUGAAGCAAACAAGUCCAACUCUACUACUGAUGUCAAGUGUGUUUUCGAUAUGAUUCAUGGUAUCUAUCUGUUAGGGCAUCCCUUUUGA